AUAUUAAAUUUCAUAUCUCUUAUUUCUCCUUUCUUCUUUUCUUAUAAUUAAUAUUUGUAAUUGAUAUAUAUAUCUCAACUUCAAUUCAAUUCCAAUACUAAGUUUGUAAUUGUCAUUGAUAUUCUAUAAAUUAAUAUGAGAUUAUCUAUAUCAGUUACUACUUUAUUAGCUGCGGCUUGUGCCAUUGGUAACUCCAAUGCGUUAUCCAUUCCAUCAUUUGCUAAUCCUCAACAAUUAUUAAAUUUAGAACAUUAUGGUAAUGCUUUUAAUAGUCAAAUGGAUAAAUUUGCUCAAUCUGCUCUUAAUGGUAAUAUUGUAACCGCUAUUGCAAAUUAUUUUAAUGAACCUUUAGAAUCAAUUUCUGAAGAAACUAAGAAAAUUUGGCUGGAUUUAAUUUUACAAUUUCCUCAAUCAGUUACUAAUUUAAAUUUUAAAUCAAAUCCAAAGAAAGCAACUAAAGGUAAAGGUAAAUUUGAUGUUCAUGUUACUGAUAAAAAAUUCCCAGGUCAUCAAUUAAGAGUAAAAUCAACUCCUGAAUCUUUAGGAGUUGAUACUGUUAAACAAUAUUCUGGUUAUUUAGAUGUUGAAGAAGAAGAUAAACAUUUCUUUUAUUGGUUUUUUGAAUCAAGAAAUGAUCCAAAGAAUGAUCCUGUUGUUUUAUGGUUAAAUGGUGGUCCAGGUUGUUCAUCACUUACUGGUUUAUUUUUUGAAUUAGGUCCAUCUUCAAUUACUGCUGGUAUUAAACCAAAAUUUAAUCCAAGUGCUUGGAAUAAUAAUGCUUCUGUUAUUUUCUUAGAUCAACCUGUUAAUGUUGGUUACUCUUAUUCUUCUGAAUCCGUUUCAAAUACCAUUGCUGCUGGUAAAGAUGUUUACGCAUUCUUAGAAUUAUUCUUUAAACAAUUCCCUCAAUAUAAUAAUUUACCAUUCCAUAUUGCUGGUGAAUCUUAUGCUGGUCAUUAUAUUCCUGUUUUUGCUUCAGAAAUCUUAUCUCAUGAAGAACGUACAUUUAAUUUAACUUCAGUUUUAAUUGGUAAUGGAUUAACUGAUCCAUUAGUUCAAUAUGAAUAUUAUGAACCAAUGGCUUGUGGUGAAGGUGGUGAACCAUCAGUUUUAUCACCAGAAGAAUGUCAAGGUAUGACUGAUGCUAUUCCAAGAUGUACAUCAUUAAUUAAGAGUUGUUAUGAAUCAGAAUCUAUUUGGUCAUGUGUUCCAGCAUCAAUUUAUUGUAAUAAUGCUGAAAUGGGUCCUUAUCAAAGAACUGGUAGAAAUGUUUAUGAUAUUAGAACUAUGUGUGAAGGAUCUAAUUUAUGUUAUUCUGAUUUAGAAUAUAUUGAUCAAUAUUUAAAUCUUGAAGAUGUUAAAGCCGCUUUAGGAGUUGAAGUUGAUGAAUAUGAAUCAUGUAAUUUUGAUAUUAAUAGAAACUUUUUAUUAGCUGGUGAUUGGAUGAAACCAUACUAUAAGAAUGUUAUUAAUUUAUUAGAAUCUGAUGUUCCAGUUUUAAUUUAUGCUGGUGAUAAAGAUUUCAUUUGUAAUUGGUUAGGUAAUCAAGCUUGGACUAAUGCAUUAGAAUGGUCCGGAUCAGCUGGAUUCUCUAAAGCUCCAGUAAAAUCAUGGGAAGUUAAUGGUAAACCAGCUGGUGAAGUUAAGAAUUAUAAACAUUUUACUUUCUUAAGAGUCUUUGGUGGUGGACAUAUGGUUCCAUAUGAUCAACCUGAAAGUUCUUUAGAUAUGGUUAACAGAUGGUUAAGUGGUGACUACAAAUUUUAGUUUCCACUAGUUAUUACUACUAUUAAUCGAUUGAUUAUUAGUUAUUAGUUCUUAGUUAUUAUUAUUAUUAUUUUAUAUAUGUUACUCUAUUAUUUAUUUCAUUGACUUAACAAUUGAAGUGCACUCUCAAAAAGACAACAUACAUACAUUUAUCUUAUUGUUUUUAAAUUGUAUAGUAGUGGGAUCGUCAAGUGACGUGACAUUGAGGGCGCUUAGUCGUUCUUUUUCGGCAUUGUUAGCAAUUAGAUUUUUCACACCCAAAAACGCAGCAACUUCCUAAUUAGGCAAUGUAUAAACAUUCAAUUCUUUAAUGUUUUUCAUGUUUUGUAACUUUAGCCAUCUUUUGUUGCAAUGAGUUACCAUUAGUAUUGUAUUUACUUAAAUCGAUC